AUGAAUGGAGAAGAUCAGACAACCGAUAGUAGAGCGGCACCUCGAACAUCACAGGCUUGUCAACAAUGUCGGAGUCUUAAAACAAAGUGUCUGCCUAGUAAUUUAACUGGAAGGUGUCAGAGAUGCGUCAUUGUUGGACGAGAGUGUGCAUGGGCGGAAUCGUCACGUCGAGAGAGGAAACUCAAAGCACCAUCACGUAUUUCCGAAGUUGAAAACAAGCUUGAUAGUCUCGUUGCGAGUCUUGCCAAUCCACCUCCCGCAACAUUACCACCGCCACCGCCACCAGUGCCAACAUUUGUACCAUCUGCGUCCAAUGUCAUCGACGAUCACGCCUCUCGUACAUGCCAAAAGCGGCGGUCAGUACCAGCUCCUGGCAGUUGGAUGCGAGUCCCUUCUUCGUUCGAGAUUUUGCAACCUUGUCCCAACACAAAACAAGUGCAGGACGAUACCGGAGCAGACCUCCAAUUUAACGAUGCCAUUCAUAGCGCGUGUAAACUCCCAUUUACAGAAGAUGCGCCAGAGGAAUCAUCUCCAACUCUAAGACAAAGCGAUCCUCCUAUUGAAGAUGACCUUGUAAAGCAACUUCUUGCAAGUAGAGAAGCGGACACCUUGAUGGAUGGAUAUCGGAACAUGUCGAACAUCUUCCCAUUUGUUCCUUUACAUACAAAUAUGUCAGGUCAAGAAUUAUAUGCGAAGAACCCCAUGCUUUUUCUCGCUAUAAUCACUGUAGCCUUGUGGAGGAACCGCAAUCGCCAAAAGUUGCUUGAUGCAGUCUACCGCAAAGAACUCGCCAUCCGAACGAUCGUGAAGCCUCAGAAGACAUUGGGACUUGUGCAAAGUUUGCUAGUCUAUCUUUCAUGGCAACAUGGGACUCACACACUCAGGUACCAUUGUGUAUUCAGUCAUGAGACGCAGCAGAUCUUUUUCCUACAUCACCUCGUCAUUGGGCUUGCUCUCGAUAUUGGGUUGCAACAGGACUACCAAUGUUUGAACUUCCCAUAUGGUCCAGAACGUACACCACCUAGCGUCGAAAACCAGCGAGAACGGCAGCGGACGUUUCUCGGCUGUUAUUAUCUUGCGUCCGCGGUGGCCACGGGACUCCGAACGCCGAAUCUCUUAAAAUAUUCACCCUCUAUGACAGAAUGGACGCAGGAUCUAAAACAAAAGCGUGAAUACGUUCAUGACGAGGUGAUUAGCCAUCUCAUCACCUUGCGACAACUCGAUGAACAGGUUCGGGAUGUUCUGUCUAGUAGUGGCGUGGUAAACAUGGAUACACAGACGCUUGAACACCUGGAAACCCAGCUUGCUGUGUGGAAACAAGUGUCAUUUGGUCCCGAUUCGAAACGCAUGCUCGAUCUUUCUUCUUCCUUCACGGAUAUGAUGCUUCACAGCGCUGCUCUACGUAACCAGUCUCACACCGAGCAACAGCCAACACAUGACUACCGGCAGAUGAAAGCUAGACUAUCCGCACUCGAGGCUGGGAAGCGUUUUCUGGAUACUCUGCUUUCUUUUCCGCCGGAACAAUAUCAUCUCAUAUCUUUCGCGGACUGGAUGCGUUUACCAGCUGUUAUCAGGAGUGUGGCCCACCUAUGCAUUCCUAUAGAAGCCAAAACUGCUGACGGGUGGAAUAUGAUGGCAGCACAAGAUCGAGUGCACCUUGACCGGGGCCUCGAGUCUCUCUGCUAUCGCAUGCAAAGUCUGACCACAUACGACAAAGUCAGCCAGCCGCAUCCGGACUACUGGCAGGCGAUACGGUUGAAUGUUGAUCUGACGCGGACCUGGUAUUUGGAGAAGAUCAACUCCGCAAAGGCAGCCGGUCAACCCUCUCAAAACACACAAAAAGCAACUGUAGGAACAGCAGCAAAAGUUACACUCGACCUGACAUUAGGACCACUACCAUCACCCUUAUUCUAUCAGACUACCGUUAUAGAUUCGGCGAGUCGUAGCACAGGCCCAGGAGCAGAAGGGCAUGAGUAUCCAAUGGCAAGUUCACAAAGUGCUGAUUUUGACAUGGAACAAUUGUUUGACACAGGGAGCUGGGGAGACGGAGGCUAUGAUAGUUUGGCAUUUGGAAAAUGA